AUUUUUGACAGUACCCCCAUCAUGAGCCAACCCACCAGAACCGCUGAGGAGGCCAACAAGGCCCACUACGACGAGUACGCCGUCAACUACGAGAAUCUCCCGUUUUCAACAGGGUUGGCAACGAAUUCAAGCGCAUCGUGCAGCCCAACCCGGAGGUCACUCGCGUCAUGGAGUAUGCAUCAUACCACAGGUGUUAUCUCGCGCGAGAUAGUCUCGUCCGUCAAGUCCAUUCUCGGCGUCGACAUCAGCCAGGGCAUGGUCGACCAGUUCAACAAACGCGGUACCGACAAGAUGCGCGCCAUCUGCGUCCAGCAGGGCACGCCGCUAGCCGAACAGCUCGGGCACCAGACCUUCGACGCGAUCGUGGUAAGUCGGCCGCUGCUUUUGCCUGCGUUGGGACCACUGACCAUCCUACGCCAGUGCUCGAUGGCAUAUCACCACUUCGCCGACCCCGCGGCCGUGACGCGCUCCCUUGCCGAGUCGCUCGCGCCCAAGGGCAUCCUCGUCAUCGCCGACCGCGUCAAGUUCGAAGGGGUAGGGAUGUCCACGCAUGCCGCGGUCGCGCACGCGCAGGGACAUCCGCCGGCACCCAAGGGCCCCCAUCCGCACGGCGCGGGACUCGAGGACGCGCCGGACGACGCUGUGCCGCACCCGAACGGCUUCAGCGAGGAGCAAGUGCGCGAGUUUCUCAAGGCGGGCGGGCUGGUGGACUGCGGCUUCGACCGGUUCAAGGCGAUGAUCUUCGGAAACGAGGUCGAGAUGUUUGCCGCGUAUGGGAAGAAGCCGGCGACGGGGGAGGGUGCGGGGCUGUAAAGGACGUGGAUGGUUGUGAGGACAUGAUGGGCGGCCGUGUGGAAGGUGCAGCCCUGUGGGGAGCGUUAGCAAUGGGGCUUUGAGGCGUCAUCUGGAAUCAAGUUAUCAUCAUGUCUGGUACGUUGUGAAUGCAGCCCAUCGUUCAGUGUAAGGAGCAUGAUACAAAAUGCGCGUGGAUUGAGAGUCCUGCUCUGGUGAUACAGU